AGUACGAAGAAACACAGUGAAAUCUGCGGUCCUAUACCUAAUCUUGGCAACUCCAAUGGAGAGAAAAUAUGCAUGGAGAUUAGUUUACUCAUGUGUUAUAUCUCUUGCUGGCGUAGUGAUGAUAGUGAAUGGUGCAAAUGAAAUAACAUGUUCAACAGUGAGCUCUGAUGUGAUUCCUUGUCUGUCAUAUGUAGCAGGCACCGCAGGGCAGCCGUCAGAAGGGUGUUGUGACGGCGUCAGAAGUCUUAAUGCCGCCGCCGAAACAACGGCAAACAGGCAAACUGCCUGUGGGUGCAUUAAAUCCUUAGCGGGUUUUUUCCGCCAGUUUGAUUGGAACAAGGCUGCCGAGCUUUCGGGUAUUUGUGGUGUUAACUUGGGCUUUUCCAUUAAUGCUGCGGUGAACUGCUCAGUGAUCGACUGAGGUGGAAGGGAAAUGUCUCCGCCAUGAGCAGCUUUCAGAUUUUAAAUAAUGUGAUGCGACUCGAGAGUUACUGUCGAUCACAAAUGCAAAUUUGUUGCUAGAGUUUGUAGAACAGAGCAAGGGAUUGCAUUGUAAUUGGACAGAGUUUACAAAGCGUGUAAUGAAAUAAGUUUUAGGAUUUUCGACUGAGAACUUUUCUCUAUAUGCGACUCUAGAUAAGAUUGUAAUGGUGAAAUCAGCAUGCCCAUGAGAUUUUACAUUUAGUUACGUGCCUGUCAUGAUGGGAUGAUAGUGUCUA